CUAAAGUGACUUGCUUGGGUGAAGUGGUGAAGUUUGCUAUGGAGCUCUUGACAUGCUCUAUGUUAUAUAUAAAUAAUUUAUUCAAGAUGCUAUUCUCCUUCUCCCGUACUUGGUAUACGCCUCUUGUUCUGGUCCUAAAAAUAACCUCAAGCGCACCACCACUAUGGAAAAAAAGGACAAUAGUGCCAUUAGGCGUCGAGCCCAACACCGACCACAGUAUACUCUAAACUCUUUUCUCAUGGCAAUGGGAUUUAUAAAUCCUUUACGUGCUCCUCCACCAUCAAGACACCCAACGACAUUAUGGGCUGAACCGAUGCGCCUGCCUCGAACUACGAGCAGGCAGGUAAAAGAAGGCUUGGACACUAUAAACGUCAAGGACGAUAAACCGAAUAGCGCAAAAACAGAAACUACUAUAGACUCAAACAAUAGUCCUAGCGGCGGGUCUCCUACUUGCCACAAUGCCCCUCCACUACUGCAUCAUCCCAACUAUUUUGGCCUACGCGCCGCCGAAUGGAGAUCAUUCCCGCCAGAAGUUGUUCCAAGGUUCGACCUGACAAACUCUACAACAUUAUCCGAGGAAAAAUCACCGGAUGUUGAAAGACUUACAAACAAGUAUCUUACACAAUCCAUAACUUUUCGAAGGUGGGUAAAGCAGAAGAACAAGGAACUAGACUCGCUUAGCAGUAUGGAACAACAUGACGAGAAUAUCGAAGACGAGAUAUUGGCCGAUAGGACGCUAACUAACGCCGAGAAAAGACAAGCAGUUGUUCACGAAAUCCAGGAGACCUAUGCUGCACUUGUAGAUACCGAGACUAUCGAGGCUCAAGUAUCCGCCCGCCGUCAAGCUGCAGAAACUCUACAGCGUCAACGAAGAUUGCCGCUGACAGCAGCUAAGCGCUUGUUGGGAUCAGAUGGAUCAUCAUUCAAUAAUUAUGGCGUACCCAAAGAGAAGCACUUAUACAUCGUCGGCCCGCCACAAAAUUUGGUCAGACUUCCUUUCGACCAGGCUGUAGAUGCUGGUCUUGAAGUUAUUCAUCCUCCCAGACAGUAUGCAUCUCCAGAUCUACCAGGCACUCUUCAAACGCUAUCGCCUCCCCCACAAGAAUCUACACCAGGCGCGCCGUUCUCCUUUGGGCCUUCCACGAGUCCAAGACGCAACCUCCAUAUUCCAGAAUGGUUCGAGCAUUUCAAAAUGCCCCUAAAAGGAAGAAACCGCGAAGCUAGAUGGAACGAUCUAAUGAAUCGUAUCUCCACGCUAGAGACAAAAAUCAGACAUAACGGCGACGACGAAGCAUCGGGGAAGUCUCGCUGGGACAAGAAAUGGCACGAACCUAACAAGAAAUGGCCCUUCGCCCACCGGCGGGAGCACGGCGGCUGGUGGAAAUGCAGAUCCGGUCGCGACGCCCCGGAGGCAGAGCGAAAAUGCUGGCUAUGUCACGGCCAGACCGAAACCCCAGAGCAGGCGACGGAAAAACGCAGCGCAAAGGAGAAACUUGACGAGCUCCAGAGCGCUAUAGAUGAGGCGAUGGCCGUGGUUGGUGAGAGGGAUAGGGCUGUUGCAUUGGAGAUGCUGCGCCAGGGAAACACAUUCGUUAAGGAUGGAGAAUAGUGUUGCAACGCCAUCUAAUAGUGCGGGCGUAAUGGGAUGGUGCUCCUUCAUUGUCGGUUUUGUAUAUGAAGCCUCCGCUAGGAAAGGACUGGCCAUGACUUCAUCACAUUACCUACGUCCUCACAUUGCCAAUAUCAUUUUGGGCGUUUGGGGGUAUCAUAACGGCGUUGGUGAAUUUCUGUUUCCAUGGCAGCAUUGGUCUAUCAUUGGCGUCCAGGGGUAGGAUACUGGCGUAGAUGUGAUUAGCCUUAGGAGUUGCGGAUAUUGGUGAAUGUGUAUUUUUGCUCAAUUAGGUGUAUACUCUUAUAGUGUCGUUUUAUUAUUAUAUGAUCAAGUUGAUAAUAUUAGAUGACACUAUUCCAAAGGUAUUAUAGGCAAAGUUCUCGGUACGAGUCAAUGGUGAUCUGGGUUUUGCUGUUAAGCUCGUAGCUCACAUAGUACUCCUUGCUUUAUUGAACGUAACUAUAUCAACAAAAUAUUUAUGUUAUCGAAAUUAUAUAGGGGUACGAAUUGCAUCUUAUAUUAAUAAGUGCAGUUAUGGUUAAAUAGGUAUUUAUUAAAUUUUAC